UGGAGACACUCACAGGUCAGAUGAUCCGAGCUGCUACAUUGUAAAUAGACAGCGGCGAUCUACCGGGGGCCAUGCCUUCAUAGACUCUUUAAAUCCCCUCCGACAGAGCAGAUAUUUACACUCGGAGACUCUCUUUCUGUUUCGUGAAAGUGUUAUCAUUAAAGUAUGUACCGGUCUCUGUACGCCUUCCGAUCCGCGGAGCCCAACUCGCUGCACUUCGCCGCCGGAGAAAGCUUCCUAAUCCUGGAGAGGAGCAACAAACACUGGUGGCUGGGGUCCCGCUGCAGCUCAGGGGAAACCGGCUACAUCCCAUCAUCAUACAUCGAAAAAAUACAGGCUCCAGAGCAGGAUGAGGUGUUGCAGUCUAUUGACAGAGCAAUCGAAGGAAUCCACAAUGUGGCCUUAAAGAAUGGAGGCAAAUACAAUCUGGAGCAGAGAGAUGUUCUUCAAAAGUUGAUCCAUCACAGAAAGGAGACUCUUGCACGACGAGGUUGCUCGUCCUCCGGUCACAAGCAAGGCCUCCCAUCUUCCAGCAGCGAAAUAUCUCUCAGUCAAACUCCUCCACCCAACGGCCUUAACCGAGAGUACGGACGACAGGGGACCGUGCCGCUAUCAGGAAGUGUGGACAAUAUACAGGCAGAACAGGGCUUUUACCAGGUACCUCCUCAACCUCGACGUGCGGCUCCGACCACCCCACCUCCCCCUGAGAAGCAGCGAAUCAGCUGGCGUCCAGCAGAGCCGGAUGUCCCCUCCAGAGGGUCCUCUCUAGCUCCGUCCCCUGCUCCGUCCCUCUCGAUCAGCACCACCUCUAUAGAGUCCGGCUCCUCCCACUCACUGGUCUCUUCUGAUGUCAGCUUGCCAAGUGUUUCCAGCACCCCCCCUCCUCCUGUGCCAUCCCGUGUGAAGCCCUCUGCACCGCCUGCAGACGAGCCUCUCUCUGACUCCCCUCCUCAUCCGGCUCCUGCAAAGAAGAGCCCGGCUCCACAGCCUCCGCAGCUCACCCCUCCUCCUUCACAGCCCGCUGUGGAGGAGCAGCCUGAGAGGGAAUGGCCUGUUGCCCCCCCGUCUAUCGCUGAAAGCCCUCCUGGCAGCCCCACUACCUCUGAGCCAGUUCCCAUGACCAUCGGGGCUGAACUCAUCGAGCUGGUACGGAAGAACACAGGCUUGAGUUACGAGCUGUCUCGGGUCGCUGUGGGCGUGGUGGUCGGCCAUCUGCAGACGGCCUUACCUCAAGCCUCCUCUGAUUUGGAGCAAGUGCUCCUCUCGCUGGUGGAGAGCAAGGUUUCGAGUGCAGCGCUGCCGCAGGGUCAGGUGUGUCACGAUGAACAGAGGCUGGAGGUGAUCUUCAGCGAUCUUGCCCGUCAUCAGGGCGAUUCUCAGCAGCGUAGCUGGGCGCUUCAUGAAGACCACGCUCUCAUAGCCUGCUACCUCGAGGAGCUUCUAAAGAUACUGACUGAUGCAGAUCCGGAGGUGUGUAAGAGGAUGUGUAAGGCCAACCACUAUGAGAAUGAGCUGUCUCUGGUUUCAUAUUAUCAGAUGGAGAAUCGUGUGUCUUUGCGGCUGCUGCUGCUCAAAGUGUUCGGGGCGAUGUGCAGCCUGGAUGCUUCUCUCAUCUCCACCCUCCUCAACUCCAUCCUCCCCAUGGAGCUGGCCAGGGACCUACAGACUGACGUUCAAGAGCACCAGAAGAUGUGUUACACAGCUUUGGUACUUACUAUGAUCUUCUCAAUGGGCGAACAGGUGCCAUAUCAUCACUACGAACACUUGAAUGCUGACUUUGUUCAGUUUCUGCUGGGUGUGGUGGAGGACGGGCUUCCCUCUGAUCCUACAGAGCAGCUGCCUGACAUCUUCCUGAACCUCCUGCUGGCCUUCAACCUGCACCACACAGUACCCGACAGCAAUGUGAUCAUGCAGGAGCUGAAGAAGAAAAAUGUCAAGAUCCUGUCAGAGAAAGUGUUGCUGCUGUUGAACAGAGGCGACGACCCUGUGUGUAUGUUCAAACACACCCCGCCUGCACCGCACUCAGUGCUCAAGUUUCUGCAGGAUGCAUUCGCCAACCGAGAGACCGCUGACAUCUUCUACCGCACUGACAUGAUGGUGAUGAUUGACAUCGCCGUUCGACAAAUAUCUGACCUUUCACCAGGAGACAAGCUGAGGAUGGAGUAUCUCUCCCUCAUGCACUCCAUAAUACGCUCGACGGACUACCUCGAGCACCAGCACCGCCUGUCUGACCUGCAGGGGGUGCUGCAGAGGAUUCUUAGGGAGGAGGAAGAUCCAGGAGAGGAUGAAGGGAGCGCUACAGCGAAACAGAUGGAUAAGCUAAUCAUACAGCAGAUCUACAAGGAGUUUCCACAGAUCUGUGAGAACCAGGACUAACCAUAUCAGUAUCAUGCUCUCACACUGUAGUCCGCUCCCGUCUACUGCAGAGAGGUCAAAUAAAGCUAGAAAUGAAGAAGACCUGACGUUUGAUGGGACACCGUGUAUUCUGUGCCAGCCUGUGCUAAAAGAAACCAAUCAGUUUUGCCAAUGUUUCCUUGGACUUGUAGUCCCUGGCUGCAGCAUGCAUUUGAUGUUGAUUUCAGAAAGAUGUUCCUGUUUUUCACAGCUUCUCCCUCCUUCCCUCUAAUUAAGUUUAUUUGAAAAGGGAGUGGGAGGUUUUGUUUCUCUGGUGUUUUUCAAGGAGGGAAAAAAUAUGACAAAUGCACAAAAAACCUGUAAGGUUUAGUCAUAUUUGGAGA